UUUGCCUAGGUUAGUGACAGAGCUGGGCAGUCGGCAGGGUGGCUGCGCCCGUCUCCACCAGCCCGGAACGUCCAAAGCGGCGGGGUUCGGGAUGACAUCGUGCGGCCCUAGAUGCCUGUGGUUGCUCAAGAUGUCGGUCUUACUCUUGGCCCUGGGCAUGGUGGUGUUCGUACUCAAAAGUACGAACCUUUAUCCAGAGAUCAGUAACCUCAAACCCGAGCUCCCUCACCCUGCUCCGGCUGUCCAGAUGCCGAAGCUUCUACCCGAGGAACGUGUCAAGAGCCUCUUCACCUACAAUGGAAUCUGGCUGUUCCCGAAAAACCAGUGCCACUGUGAAGCCUCCAGACAGCAGGAACACUAUGUCUUUGAGGAUGCUUACAGCCAGAAGGACCUCCCUGCCGUGAAAAUGAGGAGACAGGCGGAGUUUGAACACUUUCAGAGGAGAGAAGGGCUUCCUCGCCCACCACCCCUGCUGGCUCAGCCCAACCUCCCCUUUGGGUACCCGGUCCACGGGGUGGAAGUGAUGCCCCUGCACACGGUUCCCAUCCCAGGUCUCCAGUUUGAAGGACCAGAUGCUCCCACCUAUGAGGUCACCCUGACAGCUUCUCUGGGGACACUGAACACCCUCGCUGACAUCCCAGACAGUGUGGUGCAGGGCAGAGGUCAGAAGCAGCUGACCAUUUCAACCAGUAACCGGAAGCUCUUGAAUUUCAUCCUCCAGCAUAUGACAUACACCAGCACGGAGUACCAGCACCACAGGGUGGAUGUGGUGAGUCUGGAGUCCCAGUCCUCAGUGGCCAAGUUUCCGGUGACCAUCCGCCAUCCUGUCAUACCAAAGUUAUAUGACCCUGGACCAGAGAGGAAGCUCAGAGACCUGGUGACUGUUGCCACCAAAACUUUCCUCCGUCCCCACAAGCUCAAGACCAUGAUCCAGAGCAUUCGCCAGUAUUACCCAGACUUGACCGUGAUCGUGGCUGAUGACAGCAAGGAGCCCCUGAAAAUUAAUGACAACCACGUGGAGUAUUACACCAUGCCCUUUGGAAAGGGUUGGUUUGCUGGUAGGAACCUGGCCAUAUCUCAGGUCACCACCAAAUACGUUCUCUGGGUGGACGAUGACUUUAUCUUCAACAACAAGACCAAGAUUGAGGUGCUGGUGGAUGUCCUGGAGAAAACCGAACUGGACGUGGUAGGCGGCAGCGUGCUUGGAAACGUGUUCCAGUUUAAGCUGUUGCUGGAGCGCGGUGAGAAUGGGGACUGUCUCCACCGGAGGUCAGGAUUCUUCCGGCCCCUGGACGGCUUCCCCAGCUGCGUGGUGACCAGUGGCGUCGUCAACUUCUUCCUGGCCCACACAGAGCGACUCCAAAGGGUCGGCUUCGACCCCCGCCUGCAGCGGGUGGCUCACUCAGAGUUCUUCAUUGAUGGGCUCGGGAGCCUGCUUGUGGGGUCAUGCUCAAACGUGAUUAUAGGUCACCAGUCCCGUUCUUCAGUGGUGGACCCAGAGCUGGCAACCCUGGAGAAGACCUACAGCACAUACCGGGCCAACACCAAAGGCCAGGUCCAGUUCAAGCUGGCUCUCCACUACUUCAAGAACCAUCUGCACUGCUCUACAUAAAGGUGUCUGGUCAUCAGAAAAGCACUAGGGUGACUGGUUGUGGGUAUCUAAAAGAGAGGAAUCGGUGGUUAGGCUAUCCAAAUUUAAACUCCAGAUAAGAUGAACAUUGCAAUACUCAGCUAGUGGGUCGGGGAGGUGGGUCUGGCUCAAUUACUGGAAAUACCAAUCAAAAGCUAAGGUCAUUAGAAACGGACCAAUCACUGAUCAGGGCAAUGGAGACUGGAUUAUUACCAAUUAUUGCCUGCUUUUGUAUGAUGCUUCGCCAUUUAUGAAGCAUCUGUAAAUGCAGUAUGUCACAUCAUCUCAUUUCAUGUCAUAGGAAAGUAUAUGAUGGGUUGGUAUCCUUGGUUAAAAAGAUGGCUGCUGAGUCCUUGUGGGUUAUUUGGUGGAAAUGGUAUCACAGAUCAUCUCCAACAUCACUGUCAUUCACGAAUUUUUAUUUAGUCCUACCUUGUGAGCUCAAAUAAUGUGAAUAUCCCAAGGUCCUUGCCUCGAGGAAGUGGCAGCCUGGUUCAGGUAGGUCCACUAGUAGAAUUGGGCGGCCCAGGUCAGAGGCUCGGAGGAGGGAAUAAGUCACAAGGGCCUGAGCAGCUGAGGAAGGCUCUGUGGAGUCAGCUCACCGGAGCCUGGCAGAUGGCUGGGCUGCAGGCAGUUGGAGGGAGGAGACCACUGAGGUGGUCCACUGUCUGUCAGAACAAAGGUUUCCCUGGCAUCAGACUCCCUAUCACAAAGACACAUUCCAGAGUGCCCAGGAUUGAACUUGGACAAUGUGCUGAGGUGCUACAAUAAACAGGGUAAGUGCAGUGGCAAAGCCACUAAGUUCCAGGGCCUUGAAACCAGUUGCUGACCACUCAAGAGCCAUGUCAUCUGCAGAGUGGCGCUCUCCGUUAUCUUGGGAGUUGGCAGAUUCCUCAGCUGCGGCACUAGCUCUGCCUUUUGGUUUCUACUCCUUCCUACUGAAGAUGGCCCAGGGUAGUUCUGGGUCUCUGAAAAUGUGUCUGUGACAUAUUAAGGAGACUUCGUGACAUAUGUUUAGGUGGUCAGAGAAUUUGGAAAAAUACUGCAUGCUGUAUCUUCCUCUUGGAAAGUCGCAAUUCACAUUAGUAUAUUAAAGGCUCUGAGAAGUCUUGCUGUAAAGAAAUUGGGUUAAUUCAGCAUUUUUCAGAUUUGGCUAGAGACUGACAAUCAUUUUCUAUUCUCCCAAACCAGAACUGAGCACAUGCCUCAUUCCAUUGUGUAUGUCAUAAAGAUUCUAUUGCAAAAGCUUUUACAUCUUUAACUGAUAUGCAAAAUCAUUUCAUGCAAUAGUUCAUGCAUUUUAUGUACAAUAACCACAGCUAUAUAGGAGGAUGAUGUUGGAUUGCUCCAUUCAGUAGAUGCAGGCAAAGAGCCCCUACCUGGGUCCUGUGCUUUAGAGAACUCUGCAUAUCACAGACAUAUGUAUAUACUUCAAAAAUAAACAAAUCACAGAA